GUGCGCUCGUGUGGUUGCGCGCGGUGAGUGUGUGAGAGAGCGAGCGCGUGGCGGGCGUGUGUGUGCGUGUUUCUCGGUAGGCGAGGCUAGCGUUGCGCUCGCUCCUCCGGGGGGGAUCGGGGCUCCUGUGAGGCUGCGUGAGGAGCGGCGGCGGCGGCGGUACCCGGAGCUCGGACCGACUCGGUCCCGCCAGCGCAGCACCCAUGACUCCACGCGCCGGGCUGGGGCUCGCACUCGGACUCUUACUCGCCUCCCUGCUCCUCUGCUGGCAGGCUCACGGGCUGCAGUGCUACGGCUGCAACAUCAUCCAGGAGAGGAGGUACGUGGACGUGGGCUGCUCCAACCCCGAGGUCAUCACCUGCUCCCACUCGCACAAGGGCUUCAAGCACCGCUUCUGCCUCAAGACGGAGAGCACGGCGCUGGGGAUCGUUCUGACCAGCGGCUGCGCCACGUCGCGGCACUGCCAGCAGCAGGAGCUGCCCGGGGUGCGAAUCCACUGCUGCGAUACGGACCUGUGCAACAGCGCCCCCUGCUGCCGCCCUGGUACACUGCACUGCCUGGCCCUGCUGGCUGGCCUCCUCCUGGUGUGGCUGUGGGUGUGAGAGGGGGGGGACAGGUGGGGGGGAGGGGGUGGAUAAAGUCACCUUGUGGACUCUGUCAGGGUGAGAGACACAGACUGAACACCAAAAAUGACCCCCCUCCCAGCUAAGAGUCCUGAGCCAAUAACACUCUUCCCGGACCCACCUCCCACCGCUAGCCUGACAAAUGAGCGCGGGAGAGGCCUCGUGUGCACGGCCCGAAUAUUACACUCCCGCCAUUAUACAUCUCCCGCAGUACGACGUUUUAAUGGCUCCGUUAAACUGUGUUUGGAUCUCUACCUAAUUAAUAUGAACCGGGAUGAGGCGCCCGUGCCCGCGGCUAAUCCGAAUGUCAGUCAUCCAUCAUCCUUAAUCUGGCCAUUUAUCCAAAGCACCGCUUGCGAUGAGACGGAGUCGUUUAGGCUUUGUACUUUUCGGGUCGUAUUUUAUUAAUUAUGGACGUAUUGCAGCGGAGGAACAGACCGUUCAUUUAGACGAAUGCUUGGCGGAGCCAGAGAGAAGCCGUUACGCGCUGCGGCUGCCAAAUUUUGCGAAAGGUUCCAACAGCUGCGAUUGCUCUUCGCGCAGACAUCACCUGCCUUCCUUCCGCCGCUGGGAGCGUUCCGUCAAAAUCCUCAGCGGGACGGAGAGACGGGGGGAAAAACAGCCUUUUUCUUUCCCUUCAUUGAGGUUAAUGUAGCUGUGUUCGUCGCUGUCGGUUUUUAUCAACGAGAACUUUCAUCACCACGGAAUAACACAGCCGUGUUAAAAACUGCAGCGGAAAGCGAGAAAGAAAAAAGAAAAGAAAAAAAAAACACACCAGUACUGACUGAGGCACAGCGUUGUGUCUCCGUCAGAUUUCCAUCGGUUUGGAUUGUGUUCUUGCAGGAUUACCCACUGCCUCUUUGAUCUGUGUAUAAUGAAAACGUUUUUUUAAAUUUGCUGUAAACUGUGUAAUUUGUUUUGGAAUAUAAUUGUCUGCAUUGUGAAAGCUAACAGGGGAUAAGAACCUCCUUCAUGCUCUCUGUAAUGAUUUGGAGAUUAAUGUGAGCAAAUCUUGUUUCUGUGAAGGCAUGCCCUGUCAAAUAUACUUGUAUUAAAAAAUAUGUAAGAAACUAUAAAUGUCCUUUACCAUUUAUAUUUCCGGCCAAACGGAGGCUGGAGCAAGUUUCUGAGUCUGUGAUUCGUUCAUUUAUUUUUUCAUUUGAGAAAAGUGUCAGAGCAUUGCAAAGGUGUUUUAUGGUGGAUUUGCCACAUAUUGAGAAACUGGAUUGUCUUCGGCAAAGCCCGCGUGGCUAUUUUCGUUCCAGAGUCCCUGCCUAAAAAUGUAUUAGAAUCUGAAAAUGAAAUGCGC